AUGGACUCCGUGCUGAAUAUACUGAGAACAUCUCUGGACACCCUCACAGCAGCUCAGUUCAAGAAGUUCAAGCACCAUGUAAAGGACUUGGGCCCGAUCCCAUGGGGCAAUCUGGAGAAGAGCGACUCUGAUGACACUCUAGACCUAAUAGUACAAGCAUACACCAUAAAUCAUUCUGAUGGAGUCAUAUUGACAAUCCUAAAGAAGAUGAACCUGAACCAGCUAGCCAUGGACAUGGAAAAUGAACUGGCAGCACUGACUCCUGAAUGUUAUUCCAGAGCCCAGUGCACACUGCAGGAUCCAGAGAGGGUUUCAGGAGCUCUGAUCAAUGUGGCAAAGCACCUGGGCAACCUGAAGUUCAGAGUCUGGGAGAAAAUGCAGGAGAUUGUUCAAUACACUCCUGUGAUUCUGGAUCCCAACACUGCUCACCCAGGUCUCAUCCUGUCUGAGGAUCUGACCAGUGUGAGACGUGGUGAUGAGAGACAGCAGCUUCCUGAUAACCCAGAGAGGUUUGAUGAGUGGUCUUGUGUCGUGGGCUCUGAGGGCUUUAACUCAGGGACUCACUGCUGGGAUGUGGAGGUUGGGGACAGUACGUGGUGGCUCCUGGGUGUGAUGGUAGAGUCUCUCCAGAGGAAGGGAGACUUUACCUCCAAGAGCGGAUGCUGCUACAUCUGGUAUGAAGAUGGCAAAUAUGGAGCCCGUUCUUCACCACAGUUGCCCACUCUCCUCACAUUGAAACAGAAACUCCAGAGGAUCAGAGUGCAGCUGGACUGGGACAGAGGAAAGGUGUCAUUCUCUGACCCCAUAAACAACACACACCUUCACACAAUCAAACACACUUUUACUCAGAGAAUGUUUCCAUUCCUCGCCAAUGUCUGUAAACUCUCUGCUCUGAGGAUCGUACCCGUUUCUGUCAGAGUGGAUCAGAACGAAUCAACCUGACAUUGCCUGUUGCA